AUGAAUAUGUUGGAUGAUGAAGAUGACCAAAGCUUUCACGCUACGCGUGACGGCUACUCCCAUUUGAGCGAUGUCGAAUGGGAUGCGGUUGAACGGAAGGGUUCAACCAUGGGCAUCCAUGCUGUUAGCGUCAUGCUAGAGGCUCUCAAUAGAGAUGCCCAACAUGCUACUAUCGCCAAGUUCAUUCAAAAUGAACUUGACGCUGAACGCGAGAAAGUAGCCUUGCUUCACCAACAAGGUUCUCAACAAGCAGAGUUGUUGAGAGAACAGGGUGCUCAACAGUUUGAACUGUUGAGACAGCAGCAGGCUGCUGCUGGCGGGUCGAUGCACUCGCGUCGACCCGAGACCUUGAAGAUUGACAUCUCCAAGGCGCGUCGCAUCGACGACGGGGAUAUGCAAGUUGCAUUUGCCCAGUCAAAUCUGGCAGGACGUGCCAAGACUUGGGCACUGGGGCUCAAGUUGCACGACCCAUAUGCGUUUGGGUCGUUGGAAGUCUUCAAGUCGCGGCUCAGACAAACGUUUGAACCGCCUCGAGCUGAGUUCAGAGCUCGAACCGAACUCUUGAAGCUCAAACAGGGUAAGCGUGAUGUACACGCUUACGCGCAACAUAUAAGACAUCUCACGAGUUGUAUAAGUUCCAAUCCGGUGGAUGAACACACGUUAGUUUCGGUGUUCAUGCAGGGUCUUGCGGAUGGUCCCGUCAAGACUCACCUGUUCCGGCUUGAACUAGAUUCACUAGAACAAGCCAUUUCCAUUGCGGAGCAGGAAGACUUCAGUCUGAGACAGGCUCGCGCCAGCUCGACAUCAUAUCGUCAACCGAGACGAUAUGACAACGGAGGUCCAGAGCCGAUGGAACUCUGUUAUGUAGAGAGCGAGAAGGCUCUCUCUACAGGCUACAAGAGGUUGCAGAAAUGCAACAUAUGUCAAAAGACAGGACACUACGCUUACGAGUGUAGUGCCCCUCGUCCAGUGUCUCGCGACACUGGGCGUAGUGACCGUCCACCCAUGAGAAAGGGGCAGGGACGCGGGUCCGCUGUUGGUGCAAAGACGCAACAACGGGAUGGACCGUCAAAAAACUGA